CAGCAGCAAUGGGAGGCCAUACAGCACCCUAUGACAAAAUGGAACCCACCAGCAGUGUGAGGAGACCUGAAAGUGGCACAUGGCAGAGUGUGGCGAUGGAGACAGCAGCAAUGGGAGGCCGUACAGGGACCCAUGACAUACUCUGGACCUGGCAGCAGCAUGAGGAGGCGGUACAGGGGCCCAUGACAGAUUACGGGCCUGGCAGCAGCAUGAGGAGUCGGCGGUACAGGGGCCCAUGGCAGAGUGGCGGAGCGUAAGCAGCUAAAAUUGAAGGCCAUACAGAGGCCAAUGUUAAAAAGUCCCCCCAGCAUCAGCGUGGGGAGACGACUAUCAAGAGUCCAAUGGCAGAGUGGCGGAGCAGAAGCAGCUUCAAUUGAAGGCCAUACACAGGCCUAG